GCUGCUUAUGUAAUAGUUGUAUCAAGCAUCAUUGGGGCUUCCUUACCAACCCAACUCUUUUUUUAUGUUAAGGGGGGGGUGUUCAUAGGGCUUACCUUCUAGUCUUGAGUUAUAAAACGUUAUAAGCAGUCGUUGUGGGUGUCUAGUGUAGGUUUGUUGAGACAUACUUAGGACGCAGUAUUGCCAUCCCUUUGGCGCUUGGUUUUGGGCGCCUAUUUCUUUCCCCUCCCAACCACAGAGAGCGUUCACUAAAGAAGCCAUCUCUCCCCCCCCCAUGCACCUUUUUUUACUCUGUGUACCUCUGUUGUUAAAGGAGUAAUUUGCCCCCACCUUUUUCUAACUGCCUCUCCUGUUGAUCAGACAUAGCUGGUUCACUGUGCCACAAUUGUGCAUUCCGCCAUCCUUUUUUCCUGCAUCUUCUCUGUCGUGGAGUUGUUUGCAUAAUAAGAGGCCUAUUCCUUUUUGGAAAAGCUGUUGGCUAAGAAAUAAUAGAAAUGAAGUGGAAUCUGAAUUGAGAACUGCAGCCAUUUUGUAAAGAGUAAAUUGAAAAGAGGAAAAAAUGCCAGCUGUGAAAGUUCUGCAGCCUGUGCUAAAAAUGAAAGUAGAUGAACUCUUUUUAUGCUGGUUGAGUGAUGCUGCAACUCAGGUGAUGCUCAGGGACUAUUUAAGAAGUAUAACCAAUGAAGAGAGGAUUGAAAUCGGUAGUGGCGAUGCUGGGAGCAAUGAACAUAUUCUUACACAGAUAAACUGCGUCUCCAAGCAAAGCUUGUUAGGCAAUUUGAUGUCUCCUUUGACUCCUACCAGCCCUCCUCAUCUUUCUACGGCUCUCCCACUUGGGACACCAACAAGCCCAAGGAGCUUUUCUAAUAUUCGAAGUAAACGUAAAUCUUCAAGCACCAGAAGUGAACAGUCAAAGAAAGAAGCUUUGACACCUUCUCUGAGCCAAACCAUUCCAACAUUUUAUUUUCCUCAAGGAUGUCCAAAAGAAAAAGUAAAUAUAGAUGGUGUCAUUGCCAAAAUAGAGAAAACCUUCUGUCAAUUUCCAAAUGAGCGAGCGACAUUAGAAGAUAUGGGUAAAGUUGCAAAGGCUUGUGAAUGUCCUCUUUACUGGAAAGGUCCAUUAUUUUUUUGUGCUGGAGGAGAGCGAACAGGAUUUGUAUCAGUUCAUAAAUUUGUUGCGAUGUGGCGGAAGAUACUACAGACCUGUCAUGAUGCUGCCGCCAAGUUUGCUCAUCUUCUCAAGAGCCCAGGAUGUAACUAUUUGGUACAAGAAGACUUCAUUCCAUUUUUACAAGAUGUGGUCAAUAGUCAUCCUAGUCUAGUCUUCCUAAAAGAAGCAUCAGAAUUUCAUUCUCGGUACAUUACAACAGUAAUACAAAGGAUAUUUUAUACAGUAAAUAGGUCCUGGUCAGGAAGAAUCACUUGUAAUGAACUCAGAAAAAGCAGUUUUUUACAGAAUGUGGCAUUGUUGGAAGAGGAAGUAGAUAUUAACCAGCUAACAGAAUACUUUUCAUAUGAACACUUCUACGUAAUCUACUGCAAAUUUUGGGAGCUGGACACGGAUCAUGACCUUUAUAUUGAUCCAAAGGAUUUAGCUCGGCAUAAUGACCACGCUAUAUCUAAUCGGAUGAUAGAAAGGAUUUUCUCAGGAGCUGUAACAAGGGGCAGAAAAGCACAGAAGGAAGGAAAAAUCAGCUAUGCAGAUUUUGUAUGGUUUUUGAUAUCUGAAGAGGACAAAAAGACUGCAACCAGCAUUGAAUACUGGUUUCGCUGCAUGGACCUUGAUGGGGAUGGUGUAUUGUCAAUGUACGAACUGCAGUACUUUUAUGAAGAACAAUGUCAAAAACUGGACAAUAUGGCCAUUGAACCUCUGCCAUUUGAAGAUUGUCUUUGCCAGAUGCUUGAUCUUGUAAAGCCAGAGUGUGAAGGGAAAAUAACUCUUCAUGACUUAAAGAAGUGUAAGAUGGCAAAUGUGUUUUUUGACACCUUCUUUAACAUUGAGAAAUAUCUAGACCAUGAGCAGAAGGAUCAAUUUUCUAUGUUGAGGAGCACUGAAAAUGAAAAUCAAGAACUGUCCGAUUGGGAAAAAUACGCUGCUGAAGAGUAUGAUGUGCUAGUAGCAGAGGAAGCAGCUAGUGACCAGUGGAAUGAUUGUUAUGAAGCAGAAUUGAACCCUGGAGAUUAUCAGAAGACCAAUGUACUAAAAUAUCAGAUGGAGAAAAGGCCUUUCUUUGACAUGCCUUCCCAUUUGGCAGAUGUUGACUUGGAUGAGUAUGACUAUGAAGAUGACUUUGAAUGAACUGUGCUGUUUGUAUAAGAAUAAAGACUGUCCGCAGCAGGUCUGCUAAAUCUAUGUAGGGCUUUGUUUCCAGAAAAAGUAAACGUAGUUCUUUGUGCUGCAAAAAUAAUAUUUUAAUCAUUUUAGGAUGACAUCCAAUGUUAGGCAUACUCAGAGUAGACAGUGUUAGACCCAUUAAAAUUAACGGACUUAGGUUAAGCCCAUUGAUUUCAAACUGUCUACUCUGAGUAUGACUGACAUUGGAUAUCACCCUUAGAAAACAGAAUCUAUAUGGAAUGAGAGUUUUUUGUAUUUAUUCAUUAGAUUGUUGCCUGUAAAAUAGACUUAAAUUAUUUUUAGAUAGGUUAUAUUUCCUUUAAAGAAUUACAACAUACCUUCUCAUUUAAAGUACAUUUGCUGACUUUUUUUUUACAAGAUAUUAGAAUUCUUCCUAGUUUUUGUUUAUACCUGUAAUAGUCUCCAAGCAGAAAUCUAAUAACUUUGCCAGAGUUCAAAAAGAAAAGUGUCACAGCUGUGAGUAAAGAUCACAGUUCAUCACUUAAGUAAAGCAUCGCUGGACAAGCUGGAUACACUGUGUGGUGCACAUAGCAAAAUGUGUCUUGACCUGAAAACUAGCAGUCCCCUUUAUAUUCCUUCAGCUUUCAUUUUGAUCUGUUGACCCCUAUUACAAAACCAGCUUUUAUUGCUCACACUUGACUGCAGUGGAUUUUGUACUCUCUGUCAAAGGAACCAAUUUCUAAACUUUAUGUAAGUUUUACUUGAUCUGUGAUGUGCACUAACCUGUUAUGGGCAUUUAGUGUUUUUUUUCAAUGGUUAGCUAAUGACACAUUCCAUGAAUAGUCAUAUCAAUGGUGUCAGAGCAGCUGAACAGUUCGAUGCUUCACUUGUCUAAAUAAGGUGAGAGACUACUUACUGGACAAGCUAAGUGUUGCUACUCCAGUUUUUGAAAACUGUAAGAUUUGUAGUGCCUUAAUUAUCCCAACAUUCACACAAAAACUAAAUAUUAAAUGUUUCAGCAAACGUCUUGCUGGUUUUCAUGUAAAACAAAAAAAGAUGUAAGCUAUUUUGUUUGCAGUGCAGAUCUGUUUAAAGUAUUUAAAUAUCAUGUUGGCAUUUUCAAAUAAAGUUUUUUUCAUAUA